AUGUCCCAUGAUCGCAUCGAGGUCAAAGAAUACAUUCAGUCUAUCCCCUUUGAAGAGCGACUACAAAGAUCUACCCAAAUGCGAAUAGACAACCAAGGGAAAAUUCCAGCAAUUUUAAUCAAGGCAAAAUCAUGCACAUAUAAACUGCCUGUACAGAAAUUUUCAAUUGACGGUUCAAUGACAAUGGGAAGUUUGCUAUUUGCGCUGAGAAAAUAUAUAUGAUUGAAACCUACAGAAGGCUUAUAUGUUUAUAUAAAAGAUACACUUCCUAUGCUUAAUUCGAGAUUGGCUGAUUUAUAUGAGCGAUAUAAAGAAGAAGACGGGUUUUUAUAUUUAGUGUGUGCUCAUCAAGAAGAUAAAGGCUUUAUAUAA